GCGUUGGAGCCAAUCUAUCGCCCGGGUGUCAAUAGUGCGCACCACGGGAACCCCGACACUGCCCUAAGUUAAGAGGGACCAAGCACUGCUAUUCGAGGGUGUAAGCCCGCGUGCUGUAAGCAGGGAGACAUCAAUGCUUUGGCGUAUGACUCCGAAAUAGGAUUCAUUCCCUCCCUCUUCCUCCAAGCACACAAACAUACUAUUAUUAAUAAAUCAAUGUUGGCGAUGGGGCGACAUUGAUGGUGAAAAGGCGACACAACUGCAGCAACUUCAGCAACGUCUUUUCUCUCCGAACCGCUGGUGAGUGUGAGCUGAACCGGACCGCUCGUUGUCAGAACCGCCGCCGACCUUAGAGCUCAUUCAGAAAUUUUCUAAGUGGAGCACACGUGAGUUAGACGUUGCGCAACGAGACAGAAGGGAUUGGUCCAUGACUAGCCGAGAAGAAGGAAGAGAUCGUACGUAAUUCCUAAUCUAAGUAAACUGUCAUGGUACUAACGUGUAUAUCUAGGGAGGUGGGAGGCGGCGCGACCGGACGUGAGGUUGAAGAAAAAGCGUAAGCAAUCUGAUCAAGUUGCUCAUAAAAUUGUGAGGAAUUGCUAAUAUUGUUAAUGGAAGGGAGGGUACACGGCAGAGACAUGAGCAGGGCCAUCAGCAAAGAAGACGAGGGUAGCGAUGAAAACGACGGCGACCCGGAUUACCAUCCCCUCUUAGAUAGCGAAGAAGCUGAGGAGCUUUACACCAACAGCGAUGAAUCUACUGAAGAUCAACCAGUUCCCACCCAGCGCACCUUAAGCGAUUUGUCUGUCCCUUCUCCCAUCCGAAAGUUUGUACCAUCAAUUGAAAAUCAUGAAUUCAGUUCAUGGGAGGAGUUCGAGAGUUUCAGGGAGCGGUACGAAAAGGAGCACUUUGUGUGCAAUCGCAUUCGCGAUUCGCGUACGGUGAAAUGGUGGAGCAACAAGUACCCUCACCGCGCUUUGCCAUCUUCGUUCGAGUAUGCUUUUCGACGGUAUGCCUGCACUCUUGGAUGCAGGCAGAAGUCACGAGGUAGCGGAAAGCGAACCGUACGGACCGAGCGUUUUCGUGGAUGUGCCGCAGAAUUUCGAGCUGUCCUCGCUCUCUCGGAAUCAGAUAAAGGUCGAUGGGUUGUAAAGGUUCAGAACGAGGUGCGUUUUUUUUUCAUGCGGAAGCGUUAUGUUCUCUAACCAGUUUGUCCUGGCUGUUUGGAUUAGAUGAGGUGUCAUAACCAUAAUCUCACUAAACAAUUGUACGUUGCCAUGAAGCGCUGCAAGGAUCUCAUUGAUGAUACUCUACUGGAGCAAUUGGAGGCAUUCGUCGAAACAAGCACCAGCACCAAGCAAAUGACUGAUUAUGUAUCUCGAAAAACAGGGCUUCCUUUUACUCCCCAACAGAUCCGGAACCUGAUCAACAGCCGGCUCGGUGGCGUUGGUACAGAAGACAGGGUGAAAGCGGUAAUCACAGAGUUUGUCCAGUCCUCAGCGAACCAUUGCCUCUUGAUUCAGGACGAGUGGGGGUUGACUAUUGGAAUUGUCCUUCAAAAUGCCGCGCAAAAAGAGAUUUUCAAGCGGUGGGGAGAGAACCUUGUCCUGGACUGGACUCACAAUACGAACAACAUCGGAUUUUACCUUGGGAGCCUGGUCGUAACGGUCGCUAACGGACGUGGAAUUUCUGCUGUCGAUUUCCUUUGCAUGAAUCAGCAGAAAGAAACGCUGCAGGCGGUCCUUCGCUACUUUAAAAAGCAAAAUCCCUCAUGGACGGGUGUGGAGUCGCUCACGAUCGAUAAAGACUUCACAGAGAUGGCGGCGCUGCAAGUGGAAUUUCCUGAUGCAAAUAUUUUUCUGUGCCAAUUCCACGUACUUAGAUAUAUCCGACGUAUGCUGGGCACUCGGGCCUACUUUGUGUCUUUUGUUAAGAGAGCCGAAGUGGAGGAUCUUUUCCGUUCUCUGUUGUACGCAUCGUCACGACAACGAUAUCUCACUCGAAAAUUGGUGUUUGAGAAGAGGGUACACGAAAUUAGCCCUGGUUUUUUGGAAUACUUUCGCCGCUGUUGGGACACGUGCAGCGAGCGUUGGAGUAAUUAUGGACGCCGUCGCCGAUUCUCAGCAGGGAACACUACGACAAAUCGUAUUGAGUCAAGCUGGAAUCAAUUCAAGCAGCUUUUGGGAAAGAAAUCGAGCAUUGAUAAGUGUUUGCAAGUCGUUGUUCAGCAGCAGUCGUGCGUGCUUCGGGAUUUCCUCACCAGUAUUGGCGGGUAUCUGGUGAAGUCCCCAAAUGUUAUCGGCAGCCGCCCUCCUCUCGCCGCUUUGGGCCAAGUACUCAGCCCUUACUGUUUUGAGCGUGUGCGUCGUCAGUGGGAUUAUCACAUCAGUUAUGGAGCGGAGUGGCGGUGGCAUUAUUCGGCUACACCAACCGGAGACGUGUACAAGUUAGCAUCAGCAAUUGGAACUGGAGUUGAGGUUGUGUGGGUCCCAGGCGAUGUGUGCAUGUGCAAUUGCUUAUUUCAAGUCUCUACACGCCUACCGUGCCAGCACCUAUUUAGCGUCAUGGUCAAAUGUCGUGACAUGCCCGUAUUUGACGUUGCGCAACUCUCUACUAGAUGGUCUAUGCCGAAGGCUGCUACGGUAGAACCUAUAAUGGCCGAGACUCUACAACAUCUCUAUGACGUUCGAGACGCUAAGUAUGUGGAUAAUCAGGCAUCCACUGCGCCAUAUCGUUUUGGGGCAGCGAAGAGACGCGUCGGCUACGCCAAAGUAAAGCGGGGAGAACACUGUGAUCAAGCAGUGCUUUCGGAUUGCGAGAAGUUCAAUGUGGUACAAGCUGAGUUCUUUCCUCUUAUUAGGGCAAUGCAGCGAUUGCCAUCGCACGAGUUCUACCCGCGGUUUGCCGAACUGCGGUCAAUUCUCGCCACAUUCAAAAGAAAAUGGAAUAUGGACACUACCAACAUUCCCACAGAAGGUGCCGUGGACGGAGGCCUCGAUCACGAAGCUGACAGCGAAUUUAGCAGUGAAAUCGAGGCGGAUGAUGCAGCCUAUUAUGGUGUUAGUGACCAAGACCAGUUAGAUGGCACAACACUGCAUGCUGUUGCACAUUCGCAAGAAGACGCCAGUGGAAACGGAUCGCCUGUCACGCAGAACGAUUCUUCAGGAGAUGCAGAGAUUGACCUCGACACGUGUUGUGUUGAAGACCCAUCUCAGGUCACUCAGCCUGAUCUCGUAAUUUCCGAGGCAUCACAGGAGCUUUUGGAGAUGGCUGUCAGGGCUGAUGAUACUAGUACGGCAGUGUCCACGACUGGCAAUGCGCAACGUGCAUUUGAAACUACCGAAUCAGAGCCGAAAGCCAAUAAAAAAGAGUCUGCAACAAGCGACACUACUUCAGACAUUGCGCAACGUGCGCAACUUCCGCGUGGAAAUGAAGUCUCUAGUGAUUCCAGGGGCGUCGAUGUAAUCAAUCUUCCGAAACCUUCAGUGGCUACACCAAGAAGUGGCAAGAAACGAACUCGCCUGGGGAUUAUAUACGGGAAUUGUGACUGUCCCAUCCGACUUGAUGAAUUCCUCACGUGGGCAGUGGCUUAUCCGGAUUUAAAUCGCGUACGUGAGAUUAUUGAUCGCUUCCCUGUUCGUUUUGACCAAAUGAUACUUCGAAAGAGAACACCCGUAGUGGUCAUGAGAAAAGCAGCUCCUUCUGAUUUCGUCUACAAUUUCCUGCUUCCUCAAGGCAUUCAGGCUUCGAUAACAAGCGAGUUGAUUCAAUGGGCCAGUGAUAACAACUACGUGGAAUGUGUUGAAGAUGACGAGCCAGAUUCUAUCCCAGUGGCAUAUUAUUCCGAGAACAAGGAUUGGGCUUUCUCUUUAAAAUUUACAGAGCUUGUCCACGACGUUUAUGCCGUUCGAGGAGAUAUCGACAGCUACAAAGAAGAUCUGGCAUGGGUGGAGAGAGACUGGCCACAUGAAGCAAGCAUCUGUCUGCCAUUUUUACCCAUUGUGACGCAUUCACUAAGAGAUGCAGCUCAUGAAGUUGCGCAACGUCUUGCAGAAUCCUGGCUAUCGCGAAGGUUUACUUUUCGAGCUGGGAUUAAAGGGUCUGGUGGUAGAGCUGAGCUACGUGGCAUACUAGGCUUUCUCGCUGGAAAAACACGGCUCAACGAUGUCGUGAUGCACGCCAUGCUUCAACGCAUCUGCUCAGGGAUCUCUAAAUCCUUUGCAAUAGAUCCUGUUAAUGUGAUCGAGCGCAAGAUGAAGUUUCCAAGCUACCCACUGUCGCGAUACAGCCACGUCGUUGUGCCUGUGUACAUGAAGACUUUGGAGCACUGGAUGAUCCAGAUCGUCGAGCUUCCAGCUAUGUCCCAGAGUGAAACCCAGCUCAGAAAUGUAGCUCUGGUAUUGUAUGAUCCCCUUGGACCAGGUCAUAACUCAAGAUUUUUCGAGGAUACAUGGAGUUCUUAUACACUACCACUGCUGAAGGAAUGGUCUCGGCGUGAUUGUGCAUUAAUUCAGGCCAAAAGUGGAUCUAAAUCGACACAACUCGGCAGAGGUGACACAAUUCGUGAGAUAGAACAGCCAAAGGAGAUCACACUCACUGAAGUCGAUGACUCCGUCGUGAAAAUGAGAUGGCUGCCGUUUCCUGUUCAAGGCGAUGCUGUCAGUUGUGGUGUUUUUUUUGUCUUGGACAGGCAUACAGCUACAUCACUGGUAGCAGGACGUUCGAGAAAAACAAGAAGAUUUCUGCAAAUAAUAUGGAGAUCAUGCGCCUCUGUAUCAUGCGAGAGAUUUUGUGCAAGGCUGAUAGUGUUGAAGACGCCUCAGCCGAUAUUGACAAUUGGCGCAAGGUGCAGAAGGUCAACAAAUUCAUCCACGAGUACUUCACAGCAUCGGAGAUGAGUGAAGCGAUUCUUUAGAAGUACACGAAUGCAACAUUAUAUCUUCGUUGAUCUCCAUUUGAUGUACAUGUUAAUUUCAAGUCGU